AUGAUCUUCUGUCGUGCGUUGAUCUUACCGUUAGCCAUCUUGGCUACCGCUGCCGCUGUUUGUGCCAAUCUGUUUGCGGUGUUCCGUAAAGGGACCGGACGUAAUAAGAGUGAGCAGACACUCUGGUACAGUAGUGAGAAUGUGCGUUCUGGUAUAAAGGAAAUGGUGAAGGACAGUCCGUGUGACCAAUACAAGCUCUUCUUUGAGAUCAGUGAGGGCGGUGCAGCGGGCGGUGCUGGCGUGGGGCUCAUUAUUUUCGUUCUCGCCAUUGCGCAGCUUUGUUCCAGGCAAGGGAUGUGCUGUCUCAAAUGUAUUACAUCACUCUUCGUUACCCUUGCUUUUGUCGGGUGCGGAGGUUGUGUGGGCCUUCUCGUGUACGGGUAUCUGAAGGGUUACUGCCAGAACGACGAUUCCCUGAGGGACGCAUAUGCUCCGUUCAAGGACCGUGGAUACGAAUUCGUAGAGGGAUUCUACCUUAUUUGUACUGCAUGUGGGCUGUUUCUCUUCACCUGUCUCUUCCAGUGCUGCGCGUAG